AUGUCAACACCAGAUAAAAAGAAGAGAAUUGAAGGUGAUUACCACGAACCAGAAUAUAUUAGCGUUGUAGUCAGUGAUCCAGUUAGAACUGAUGAAUAUAUAUCAUAUAAAAUUACCACAAGUACAACAUUCCCAGAAUAUAAAGAAAGAGAAUUCACUGUCAGAAGAAGAUAUAAAGAAUUUGUUAAUCUUAGAGAACACCUAAAACAAAAAUUAUCAGAAAAACCUAAAGCCAUUAAAUUUGGUGAACUUCAUCCAUUACCAGGUAACAAUCUUUCAUCAUUAUUCGGACAAGGUCGUUUU